CAACAUCAACAUCAACAUCAUCACGUGCCUUGCUCCUAGUAGGACAUAUAUAUACGGAGCCUGUGAGAUGAGCAUUCUACUCCAGACGUCAAUUGGCAACUUGGUGAUUGACCUGUAUACCAAGGAUUCCCCUGUGGAGUGCACGAACUUCAUCAAACUGUGCAAGUUGAAGUACUACACGUUUGCACCUUUCUAUUACGUCAAGAGGGAUCUGCUUGGGGAGUUUGGCGACCCCUUGUAUCCCCUGUCGAAGCAAGGUCGAAGCGUUUGGAGCGUUGUUGAUGCUGAUAUGCCUGCGCAGUUCAAACUGCACCGGAAUGGGAAAAGGCCAAUUCAUAAGGGUGAUGUCUCCUUCAGGGUGACGAGCCAGGUAUCCAACGAGCAGUUUGGCACGUCUAUCGUAUCGAUUACGCUUGGAGAUUUAGACCCACGCAAGGGAACACUACCGGGCGUUGUCUUUGGUAAAGUUGUUGAAGGACUGGACAUUUUGGACAAGCUGAACAAAGCCAUUGUGGAUGGUGAGUUUCGUCCACUACAGGACAUUAGAAUACACCGUACGUAUGUCCUGGAUGAUCCGUUUGAGGAUAUCAGUGGGAUGAGUGGAGAUGUGCCUCCAACUCCUGAGCCAUCAGAGGAACAGAUCUCCACCAUCAGAUUGGACGAUGUUGAGCAAGUUAAGCUUGAAGACGAGGCUCACGAAAUGACACAGGAGGAGAUCAGAGAGAGGAAGCAGCGAGAGGCACUGUCCAAGGCUCUCACGCUGGAGAUCAUUGGUGAUCUGCCGUCUGCUGAGGCCAAGCCGAUGGAGAACGUGCUCUUUGUAUGUAAACUGAACAGGCUCACGAGGGACGAGGAUUUGGAGACGAUAUUCGCAAGGUUUGGGGCCAUAACAUCGUGUGAAGUGAUCAGGGACAAGUCUACUGGGGAGUCGUUACAGUAUGCCUUUAUAGAAUACGAGGACAAGAGGAGCUGCGAAGCUGCGUACUUCAAGAUGGACGGGGCGUUGAUUGAUGAUCGAAGAAUCCAUGUUGAUUUCAGUCAGAGUGUGUCGAAAUUGGCCAGUGUAUGGCAGAAGCAGAGGGUGUUGAGACGUUAGGAGAGGUUGUAAACAGAGCUCAUUGUCGUUAUAAAAGAGGCUACAAAGAGGCUAAUUAUCACAGAAAAGCAGUCUACGAACAGCUCGUGAUCGUAGAAGAGGC